AUGGAGUAUAUGUACAAGCUAGAGACAGUCCUUCCGAGUGUUCGAGACCUGGUAACAGCCCUUUUCAUCUGCGUGACAUUUUUUGGUGUGCUGCAUGUGGUGUAUACUCGCUAUUUCAGCCCGUGUGCUCCGUUCCCUGGGCCAUUCUUGGCGUCUACUACCACGCUCUGGAAAGUAGCGUCUCUGGUGAGCGGAGAGGGGGAGAAGAGACUGAUGGCAUUGCAUAAGAAAUAUGGACCAAUUGUGCGGAUCGCGCCGAACGAGCUCUCUGUCUCUGAAGCAUCAGCUAUCAAGAUCAUCUACAAGACGUUUCCCAAGCUUUUCAAAGCCCCGUUCGCGCGGCGUCCAGGACACAUGGAGAACACAGACAUCAAGCAGGCCGCUCAACGCCGACGAAUUGUUGGCGAUACGUAUUCCAUGUCCAAGGUGUUGUCCCUGGAGUCCUCGGUCGAUCUCUGUCUGCAGCAGUUCCAGGAAAGAUUUUCGCAAUUCGCUGGGACGGGAACCGUGGUGAAUCUUAAACUCUGGUCACAUCUGUUCACCUUCGACGUCAUCGGCCAACUCAUCUUCUCGCAAAGCUUCGGCUUCUUGGAGCGCGGCGGUGAUCAGGGCCACAUCAUGCAAGCCAUCGAAACGGCCAUACAUAUUGCAAUGACGAUGGUCAACUUUCCAUGGUACCUACAUCCGUUGGUGACGGUGUAUGUCUUGAUGAUUCCCCGAAUUGCAGCCCGCCUUGUAGCGAUCCCAAAGCCGAUCGGUGCCCUCGAAACACGGGUAGAUCGAGCGAUCCGAGGACUCUGCCACGAUGCCCAGGCAAAGCCAAUUGGACCAGAACGUCGAGAUUUCUUAACGCGAUGGUUUGGAAUCUACGCGGAAAAAGGGGCCGAGCUGGACUUUGGAUUGGCCGAGAUCAAACAAGAAGUCUGGACUGCGCUCUUCGCAGGGAGCGACACCACGAGCAUUGCUCUCGCCGCCACGGUUUAUCAUUUGCUGAAGCAUCCGGCUUGUUACUCCCGAGUCAUCGACGAAAUCGACAGCGCAGACGGUCAAGGGCUCCUGAGCCGUCCUUGCAUCAGGUACGAAGAGGGAUACGCACUACAAUACCUCCGUGCCUGUAUCAAGGAGGCCACGAGACUCCAUCCCAGUGGUUCCAUUACAUUCCCGCGCCGAGUGCCAAAGCAAGGGUGCAUGGUCGCAGGGCAGUUCAUCCCAGAAGGAACCGAGAUUGGCUGCAACCCCUAUGUCGUCCAUAGAGACAGGAAAGUUUUCGGAGAUGACGCCGACCGGUACAAUCCAGACCGAUGGUUGGGACCCAAGGCGGCCGAGAUGGAGCGCCAUUCGUUGUUGUUCGGCUACGGCCCAAGAAUCUGCAUCGGGCGCAAUAUCGCUCUUUGCCAGCUGUACAAGUUCAUUCCGCAACUCCUUCGAGACUUCCGGUUGGAAUUGGACGAUCCACAGGGGGGAUGGAGCUACACGCUGUACAAGACCGAUAAGCUGGAAGUGCGAGUAUCGAAGCGGUACUGA